AUACAAAAUGUCGAAAAGUUGCUGGUACAAGUGGGAGACUUCACACGUGUGGUGUGGACUUUUUGGUUAUUUGUAAAUAUUAUUUACCCUUGCAAUGGCUACUUUUUCCGAGGACUUAUUCGAUGUUUUCGAAGAAACAGAAGAUGUAAUAGAAGUAAUUCCGUCUUCGGUGAGGCAGCAAGAUUUAAAUACAUCACCGACCGAGAAAAAAGCUGAUACAGAAAGUGGAACGAAACGGGAGUUGGAAAGAGAUGCUAGCGAAUUAAUUUCCAAAAAGUUACGGCCAGAUCCAGUCUUGGAAGAUAUAAACAUAGAAGAGUUAACUCCACGUAUUAAAAUACAUACUAUAGAGACAAUUGAAUCAUGCACGCAUGAAGUUGCAGUUCCACCAGAUUAUGAAUAUGUACCACUGGAAAGUAAACAAAGCAAAUCAGCUAAGGAAUAUAAAUUUGUACUAGAUCCAUUUCAGAAGGAAGCGAUAUUAUGUAUAGAAAACAAUCAGUCUGUUCUAGUUUCUGCACAUACAUCGGCUGGUAAAACUGUUGUCGCGGAGUAUGCUAUAGCGUGUUCCUUAAGAGACAAGCAACGAGUAAUAUAUACAACUCCUAUUAAAGCUUUAAGCAAUCAAAAAUACAGAGAGUUUUUCGAGGAAUUCAAGGAUGUCGGCUUAGUAACUGGAGACGUUACAAUUAAUCCAACGGCUAGUGUGCUUAUCAUGACCACUGAAAUUUUAAGAAAUAUGCUUUACAGAGGAUCAGAGGUAAUGCGAGAAGUUGGCUGGGUAAUUUUCGAUGAAAUUCAUUAUAUGCGGGACAAAGAAAGAGGCGUUGUAUGGGAGGAAACGUUAAUAUUAUUACCGGACAAUGUGCAUUAUGUAUUUCUCUCUGCUACUAUACCUAAUGCACGACAAUUUGUAGAAUGGGUUGCACAUUUACAUAAACAACCGUGUCAUGUAGUUUAUACAGACUACAGACCAACUCCUUUGCAACAUUACAUAUUCCCUGUUGGUGGUGAUGGAAUUCACUUGGUUGUAGAUGAAACAGGACAAUUUAAAGAAGAAAAUUUCAACAGAGCAAUGGCUUGCUUGCAACACGGCGAUGCAGCUAAAGGAGACACGAAAGGUCGUAAAGGAGGAAUGCGUGCAUCGAAUUCUGGGCAAACAAAUAUUUUCAAAAUGGUCAAAAUGAUCAUGGAGAGAAAUUUUGCGCCUGUAAUUAUAUUCAGUUUUUCAAAAAAGGACUGCGAAGUUUACGCGAUGCAAAUGGCAAAAUUAGAUUUGAAUACGAUAGAAGAAAAAAAGUUAGUGGACGAAGUUUUCAAUAAUGCUAUGGAUGUUCUUAGCGAGGAAGACAGACGUUUACCACAGGUUGAAAACGUAUUACCACUUUUAAGACGUGGAAUAGGAAUUCAUCAUGGUGGACUCUUACCUAUUCUGAAGGAAACUGUAGAGAUAUUGUUUGGCGAAGGGUUAAUAAAAGCGCUCUUUGCAACUGAAACUUUUGCAAUGGGAUUAAAUAUGCCAGCACGAACAGUUUUAUUUACGGCAUCGCGAAAAUUUGAUGGUAAAGAUUUUCGUUGGCUUACGUCUGGAGAGUACAUACAAAUGUCGGGUCGAGCGGGUAGAAGAGGCUUAGACGAAAAAGGAAUAGUAAUAUUAAUGAUUGAUGAACAAGUUAGUCCGGUAAUUGGUAAAGCAAUUGUACAGGGGAAACCAGACCCUAUUAAUUCAGCUUUUCAUUUAACUUACAAUAUGGUUUUAAAUCUUUUGAGAGUCGAAGAAAUUAAUCCAGAGUACAUGCUUGAAAGGAGUUUUUAUCAAUUCCAAAAUCAAGCCUCUAUCCCUGAUUUAUAUAACAAGGUUAAGGAAUUGCAGACGGCAUAUAAUGCAGUGGAUAUUGAUAAAUAUAAUCAAAUAUCAUCUUACCAUGGCAUACGUGAGCAACUUGAUCGUCUUUGUACUGAAUUUCGAUCCUUUUUGACGAAACCAGAAUAUUUACUUCCAUUCUUACAACCUGGAAGGCUAGUGAAAGUGAAAAAUGAGAAUGAAAUGUUUGAUUGGGGUAUUAUUGUAAAUUUUAAGAAAAAGAAUCCUAAAAAUCCAACGAAAGAAAAUACUGCUAUAAUCAUCGAUGUUUUACUUCAUAUUUCUAAAGAGUCUAGCGACGGAUGUCCGAUACCCUGUCGCAAAGGGGAGGAAGGUGACAUGGAAGUAGUCCCUGUUUUACAUACAUUAAUUUCACAAAUUAGUUCUCUUAGAUUGUACUACCCAAAAGAUCUGAGACCAUCCGAUAAUAGAAAGAGUGUACUAAAAACGAUACAAGAAGUAAAGAAAAGAUUUCCAGAUGGACCACCGUUAUUGAAUCCUAUUACAGACAUGCGAAUCGAAGAUGAAUCAUUUAAAGAUAUUGUUAAGAAAAUCGAAGUAUUAGAAGAAAGAUUAUAUGCUCACCCUUUGCAUAAGGAUCCCAAUGUAAACACAUUAUAUGAACAAUUUUUACACAAAGAUGACUUAGCCAAUCAGCUAAAGCAAGCUAAAUUAGAAUUAAAAAAAGCUAAAUCGAUACUUCAAAUGGAUGAAUUAAAAUGUAGGAAACGAGUAUUACGAAGACUGGCCUAUUGCACAGCGUCAGAUGUUAUAGAAUUAAAAGGUCGAGUCGCCUGCGAACUCAACGGUGCCGAUGAAUUAUUAAUGACAGAAAUGAUUUUUAAUGGAUUGUUUAAUGCGUUGAGCGUGCCGCAAAUGAUAGCAUUAAUUAGUUGUUUCGUUUGCGAUGACAAGUCAAACGAAAUGCCUAAAAGCACCGAAGAAUUAGGCGGUCCACUCAGACAAAUGCAAGAUUUGGCCCGGAGAAUAGCGAAAGUAUCUACAGAAGCUAGUUUAGAAUUAGAUGAAGAUGCAUACGUGGAAAGAUUUAAACCGUUUUUGAUGGAUGUUGUAUAUGCUUGGAGUAAAGGUGCUAGCUUCUUACAAAUUUGUAAAAUGACAGAUAUAUUUGAAGGUUCAAUUAUACGAUGUAUGCGUCGGCUAGAAGAAGUUCUUAGACAAUUAUGUCAAGCAGCAAAGAACAUUGGAAACACGGAUUUAGAAAAUAAGUUUAGCGAAGCAAUUAAACUUAUAAAACGUGAUAUUGUUUUUGCUGCAUCUUUGUAUUUAUAAUAAAAAUUCUUAGAAAGAUUUGCUAUUAUUUAAAAUAUAUUUUUUUAUUACGA